AAUACUUUCCAACUAAUCUACAAAUGUCUUGCAGCACGUAUAUCAGGCAGUAAAUUAGAGGCCAUGGAAGAAUUCGAUGCUACUUCAUCAAAAGAGGACGGGUUUAUAUGCGCAUCACUAAAGCAAAUAAAACGCUGGUUUCUUACCCAUUCACAACAUCUGAACUUUUUUACAAUCCUCCUGCUUGCUUCGGUGCCAAAUCCAUUAUUUGACCUUGCUGGUAUCAUGUGUGGGCAAUUUGGGAUCCCAUUUUGGAAGUUCUUUUUAGCAACUGUGAUUGGAAAGGCAUUAGUUAAGACUCACAUACAGACCGUUUUUAUCAUCUCAGUCUGCAAUAACCAACUUUUUCAGUGGGUGGAGAAUGAGUUCAUUUGGGUGCUUGAUCACAUUCCUGGAUUUGCUUCUCUGCUUCCAAGCAUCAUUGCCAAAUUACAUAACCUCAAGCAGAAGUUUAUGUCAGCACCAGUUCCAGAUACUGCACAAAAGGCAAAACAGUGGAAUCUAUCAUUCACUCUGGUAUGGAACACUCUGAUUUGGUUGAUGAUCCUGAACUUCUUCCUGAAGAUAGUCACAUCUACUGCACAAAGAUAUUUGAAAAAGCAGCAAGAACUGGAGAUAAAGCUGCAUGAACAAAGAACAGGUAAUUAAAGAGUAAACAAGAACCUGCAAGCAAAUAAUUAUUCAUGUCCGCCAUCUUGCCUGAGCAUGGUCGGCUGAGACCAUUGGAAAUCAUUCGCGAUUGAAGUCGAAUAUAUGCAUCAUAUCCCCCAAGAUUCUUUUGUGUAUAGAUGACACUGAUUAAAGUUAUUGAAUCAUUGGAGGCAGGUCUAUUUUUGUCCCUGCCUGGGGGAGUGAGCAUAAUUGUUCUGAUUACUGCUAAUUAGUUAUUCAUUUGAUUAUUGCAACGAAGUUUGUUUUUAACUGUUUCCUUGAUAUCAUUAUUGCGUUGGAGAAUUAAAAUUACAGUUAUUACUAUAGUAAGACUGUUCCCUUUGUUUAGGGGUUCUUCGACAAUAAUAUCUGAAUAAUUUUACAUAA